AUGGAUUCGUUAGUGGUUUUAAGUAUAUUAGUGUCCUCUAUGAUUGGUGAUCAAGGCUUGAAUUUCAAGGAAAAUCCUGCUGAUCUCAACAAUUCAGCUGUCCGCUACAUGGAAAGCAUCCUUGAAGAAUUCAAUCAAGACACUCGUUGGGGAGCGCUAGAUACCGCGGAAAUGGUGAUUAGCAGCAUGAUGCCAGCAACGAACAACCUGGACAACCUGAGGUUUGACAUUUCGAAGCUAGACGGCACCUUUGAGUCAGCGGAACUUAGGAUCUUCCAGCAUGCUGGUUCAAACUGUCAUCCGUGGGCUCUAGUGCGACAAAAUGAUUGUGAAAACUGCGAACUGAUCAAAUCUAAGACAAAAGAAGGUCAAGGGAAGAAAGGCGGCUGGUUGGUGUUCAAUGUCACCAAGGUCGUCCAAUCCUGGAUGGAAGAUCCUGGAAGGAAUCAAGGAUUUUCCAUUUCUGCAGGAUGCGAUAUUGAACUGGGAGUCAGUGGGAAGCUUUCGCCUUUGAUGGUAUGCUACUCUAAAAGGAAGCCUGGACCAGCUGACAUUCGGUCUCUGGUCAAAAUAACAAAACGGUCCGUUUUGUUGGACACUGGACUCCUGUCUGCUCGUUUGUUCAACAAGCCAAAGAUCAGGAUGGUGAUCAAGAACCACCGAACUGUGAAGAAGAACUUGGCUGACUACAAAAACACUUCGGAAGUUUGUGGAAUCAAGUCUUUUGAUCUCUGGCUUGAAGACAUUGGAAGGAAUCAGAUUAUAGCGCCCAAGAGGAUCAACUUCAAGUACUGCAGUGGCGUCUGCAAGCAAUCCAAGCAUGAUACUCGGAGCUACUUUAAAGGAUACGAGCAUUUUCUGAUCUUCAGCGCGUUAAUGAGGGCCUAUCCUGAAGAAGUUCCUGCGAUAUUCUGCUUGCCUACCCAAUUUUCGGGGAUUAGCGUUCGGUAUUUCAAAGAGGGUAAAGUUAUCAACAGGAAAGUGUUUAAUUUCAAUGCAGAAAAGUGUUCUUGUGAGUGA